UGUGUGCAGGACGAGGUACAGGACUUACUGUUGUCCAGGAUGGUCUAUUCAGGCUCAUACAGGAUUUUGUCUUGUUCCCGUUUGCCGAAAUUGUCCGAGCGGAAAGUGCCUGAAGCCAAAUAUUUGCCAAUGUGAUGGAGGAUAUUUGGCGUCGUCCUGUUCGGGAAAACAUUUAAAUGGCACAAGAGACACGUCCUGCACGGCUGUUUGUAUGAACGGAGGCACUUGCAAGGAAGGAAAGUGUUUGUGCAGGCCUGGUUACACAGGAGAAUACUGUGCAGAUCCCGUCUGUAAGGAACCUUGCCUGAAUGGAGGACGUUGCGUCGGUCCUGAUAGAUGUGCCUGUAUUUAUGGAUUUACAGGACGAAGGUGUAAUAUAGAUUACCGUACAGGACCAUGUUUUUCCACAAUUCGACACAAUUUAUGCGGCCACCAAUUAGACGGAGUCGAAUGUACCAAAAAUCUUUGUUGUGCUACAAUAGGAAAAGCCUGGGGACAUCCCUGCGAACACUGCCCUGAACAAAUGGAUUGCGAAAAGGGCUAUUUGAAGAACGUUCAAGGAACUUGCACAGACAUCAACGAAUGUGAAUUGAAUUCCGAUAUCUGCAAAGGAGGUGGAACUUGUGUUAAUACUGAUGGAAGCUUUACUUGCACAUGUCCACCAGGGUUAACUUUAGACCCAGCAGGUACUGAAUGCUUGGACUUGCGCCAAGAAUUUUGCUACCUAGACUACAGACAUGGUCAAUGUUCGAACUCGAUGGAAGGUUUGUACAGCAAGAAAUUCUGCUGCUGCACUUCAGUGGGUAAAGCAUGGGGUAACGAGAGGUGUGAGGCUUGUCCAAAACCAGGUACCCAAGCAUUCCAUGAAAUGUGCCCGAAGGGACUUGGCUUCAUUGACUUUAAGGACAUCAAUGAAUGUACAGAGUUUCCCAAUAUGUGCCAGAAUGGCAGAUGCACUAAUUAUAUAGGAUCGUACAGCUGCAGAUGUAAACAGGGAUACGCCUUGGACGAGAAAGGAGUCAAGUGUAAUGAUAUUGAUGAAUGUAACAUUCUCCAUGGAGUCUGUGGUGAAGGCGAGUGCCAAAACGUUCCUGGUAGCUUCGAAUGCAACUGCAAGGAAGGUUUUAUGAACGGAAUGACCAAGGAAUGCAUUGAUAUCGAUGAAUGCAGACAAGAUCCUGGUUUAUGUCGAGGUGGCCGUUGCAAUAACACAAUCGGUUCUUUCAAAUGUGAUUGUCCUCCAGGACACGAACUGAGUCCUGAUAAAAAAUCCUGUAAAGACAUAGAUGAAUGCUCAAAGGAUAGUGGUAUUUGCUCGAAUGGGGCCUGCGAAAAUAUGAUGGGAACUUACCAGUGUGUUUGCAAUGAGGGAUACCAGCAGACUGGUCUUAAGAGCCAUUGUGAAGAUAUCGACGAAUGCGAAUAUUCGAAUGGAGACUGCGACGGAAUUUGCCUGAACACACCUGGAAGUUAUUCCUGUGCCUGCAGCACCGGUUAUUCGCUUCUCCUAGACGGCAGGACCUGCACAGAUGUCGACGAAUGUGUGGAAAAUCCAAGGAUUUGCAAUGGUGGGCAAUGUACCAACACUUUGGGCAGUUACAGAUGUCAGUGCACCAACGGAUUGUAUCCUGGACAGGACGACACCACCUGCAUCGAUGAAGACGAAUGCAAAGUCGUCCCAGACAUUUGCGGAAACGGCGACUGUGUCAACACUUUGGGAAGUUUUCAAUGUCGUUGUGAAGAUGGAUAUUCGGUCAAACCUGAAGAAGGCCCUGAAUGUGUCGAUGAAGACGAAUGUUUCCUCGGAUCUUUCAAUUGUCACGAAAACGCCGAUUGUAUAAACACACCGGGUUCUUACCAGUGUCGUUGCCAGGAGGGUUUUACAGGAAACGGGAUAACUUGUCGGGAUAUCAACGAAUGUUUGAACAACAACGGCGGUUGUCAUCAGAAUGCCCAAUGUAUCAACAAUGAUGGAUCUUUUAAAUGCGUUUGUGAUACUGGAUUCAAAGGAGACGGAGUCUUCUGUACAGAUAUCGACGAAUGCUCCAGCGAUGAGACUUUGUGUGACAAUGGCCAAUGUUUGAAUUACCCAGGAGCUUUUAGGUGUGAAUGUGAGAUGGGAUUCAUGCAUCCUGAUGAGACCAACGAUAAGGCUUGUGUCGAUAUCAACGAGUGCGAAGUCUUCGACAACCUGUGCAUCUUCGGUAAAUGCAAGAACGUGAUCGGUAUGUUCGAGUGCCAAUGCAGGGAUGGAUACACAAUCGAUUCAACAGGAGGAAAUUGCACGGAUGUCGACGAAUGCGAAAGCCCACAAUCGUGUCUUUACGGCGAUUGCUUCAACAGACAAGGCGGAUACGAGUGCAGAUGUCCGCCGGAUCACGAAUUGGUUUCGGAAGGAAACGCCUGUGUCGAUCGUCGGACCUCAGCUUGCUACUUGAAUUAUGUUCCUGCUUUGGAUAAAUGUAGCGACAUCAUGUCUCAGGAUGUAACCAAGGCUUCCUGCUGUUGUUCCGUUGGAAGAGCAUGGGGCAACUAUUGCGAACAGUGUCCGCAUCCAGGUACUCCCGAUUACGAAGCCCUCUGUCCAAGCGGCCCCGGCUACAAACCGAACCCAGUAACAGUCGUCUUAGAAGACAUAAACGAAUGCGAGGAACACGAAGAUAUUUGCAAGAACGGGCAAUGCACCAACACCUUCGGCUCUUUCAUGUGUUCCUGCAAAGAAGGAUAUAGGCGAGAUGACCACAAUUCCCAAUGCGUAAAUAUUAACGAAUGCUCCGAAGAUCACAAUCUUUGCGGAGUUGGUUUCUGUGUAGACGAUGAGGGAUCUUACCAUUGCAGAUGCCCUGAAGGAUAUAUGGCCAUCAGGAAUGGAAAAGAGUGUAUGGAUACCAGACGUGAACAAUGUUACAUGCAUUACGAUGAUGGUGAAUGCACCUCUCCGAUGACCAGACCAGAGACCAAAAAAGUUUGCUGUUGCUCGAUGGGCGAAGCCUGGGGCAUCAAUUGUGAUCCAUGUCCACAAAAGGGAUCAGGUGAGUUCAUAGAGUUAUGCGGAAAAACUCCAGGUAUGAUAAUGAACCAGAUUAGCAACAAGACUGAAAACAUUAACGAAUGUGCAAUGAUGCCGACUAUGUGCAAGAAUGGAAAGUGUAUCGAUACUCCUGGAAGUUUUGAAUGCGAAUGUCCAAGAGGAUAUUAUUAUGAUGAAUUGUCUCACCAGUGCACGGAUGAUAAUGAGUGUCAACGUGUUGAUAGUCCUUGUCAAGGAAACGCUAUCUGUGUAAACCAUCCUGGAAGCUUUGAAUGCCAAUGUCCUGAAGGAUACAAAUUUGGAUCAUCGCAAUUUGAUUGUGUGGACAUAAACGAGUGUCAUGACAUGCACUACGAUGUCUGCCAGAAUGGAGAGUGCAAAAACUUACAAGGAAGCUUCCAAUGCAUCUGCAAUUACGGAUUCACAUUAACCGCUAAUAGGGAAACCUGCAUUGACAUCAACGAAUGUGUCCGACACAACAAUGUUUGCAAUAAUGGCACUUGCAUUAACUCCGUGGGUAGCUAUAGAUGUGAAUGCUAUCCAGGAUUCAAGAUCAGCUCGAACAACGAUUGUGUUGAUAUUGACGAAUGUCAUGCAAUGCCGUCUUUGUGCAGAAAUGGACGUUGUCGCAAUACAAUAGGAUCUUUCAGGUGUGAAUGUGCAACCGGUUAUGUUUUGUCUCAAGACGGACAUCAUUGCAGAGAUGUUGACGAAUGUCGAGAGAUUCCCGGAACCUGUCAGAGUCCCGGCAAGUGUCAAAACGUGAUGGGCUCCUACAUCUGCACCUGUCCCUUAGGCUACAGGUUAAAUGAACGUGGUCAAUGCGAAGACAUCGACGAAUGUUACGAGAAUCGUGACAUUUGUGAGGCUGGACAAUGUACUAAUACCAAAGGAGGCUUCCAGUGCACCUGCCCACCGGGCUACGUUCUUAGUCAAUCUGGGAUGAAGUGCGAAGAUUUUAGGGAAGACGAGUGUUAUGACGGAUGGUACAGCAAUAUCUGUUCAGCUCCCAGACGCAAAGAUUUAACGAUGAAACAGUGCUGCUGUUCUCAAGGAGCUGCCUGGGGAAGAACUUGCUCAAAAUGUCCAGAUUAUGGAACUGUGGAGUUCGACAGACUCUGUCCAGAAGGUGUCGGAAGAUCAGACUCCGGAGUCGAUUUGGAUGAAUGUGCUCUAAAUCCUGGAGUUUGCCAAGGUGGAACUUGUAUCAACACCGAUGGAUCCUUCAGAUGCGAAUGUCCGAUGGGAUAUAUUUUAGACUCAACAGGUAAAAAAUGUAUUGACGACAAUGAAUGCUAUACGAACCAAAACAUUUGUGGAAAUGGCACUUGCAGUAAUGUUGAUGGUGGUUUUGAAUGCUCUUGUGCUCAAGGAUUUGCUCCAGGACCUAUGCAGGUUUGUGAGGAUAUUAACGAGUGCGCAGAAAUGGGCAGCAUGUGUGCUUUCCGUUGUCACAAUGUUCCAGGUUCCUUCAGAUGUAUCUGUCCUUACGGUUACACCUUGUCACCUGAUGGAAGACAUUGUUCUGAUGUGGAUGAAUGUGUGACGCCCGCGAAUAAUUGCAAAUACCAGUGCAAAAAUCUUAUUGGUAGCUUCCAGUGUAUAUGUCCUGAGGGCUAUGCCAAGGUCAAUAACACGGAUGAGUGUGUGGACAUCAACGAGUGUGCCAUCUCUUCCGAAGUUUGUAAGAAUGGUCGUUGCAUCAACACGGAUGGCAGCUUUGUUUGUGAAUGCGAUGAUGGAUUUGAACAGAACGAGGAUGGAACCGGAUGUGUUGAUAUCAACGAAUGUGAAAAUGCCCACUCGCCCUGCAAGAACAACGCCAUGUGCCAGAACACUGAGGGUUCCUACGUCUGUUCCUGUCCACCAGGUUACUUGCUCAAUCCUGACGGAGUGUCCUGUCGUGACCUGGACGAAUGUGCAACCGGCAGACAUGUCUGUCAACACGAAUGUAUCAACACUGAAGGAUCUUACACUUGUGCAUGCCCGAAAGGAUAUAAUCAACAAGGAGACCAUUGCACCGAUAUUAAUGAAUGUGCGGAAGAGACUGGAAAUUGUCCAAAACCAGGAACUUGCAUCAACACUCUGGGAAGUUUCAAGUGUAUCUGUCCGAGAGGAUUUAAAUUGGAUCAUUCGGGUUCAUUCUGUGUUGAUCAGGACGAGUGUUCGGAUGAUGGCAAAUGCGAGCAUGGUUGUCAGAAUUUGGUCGGAGGAUAUAAAUGUGGAUGUCCUGAAGGUUUUGUCCAGCACUACUACUACAACCAGUGCGUGGACGAGAACGAAUGUGCCAAUAAUCCUUGCGGAGAUUCUGGAAAUUGCUUCAACACCAUCGGCAGUUACAGAUGUGGUUGUCCUGAUGGAUAUCAGUUUGAUAACUCUUUGCAAGUCUGCGUACAGUCUGGUCCUGGUUGCUCGAGUUCUCCUUGUUCCUUUGGUUGCACUGCGAUGGGUCAAUCAGGCUACCAGUGUGGAUGUCCGAGAGGUUAUCACAGAAUAGGUCACGGUCACUGUCUAUCCACAAUAAAUCCUUUGGGUUACGGUGACGACUUUGGAGACAGAUCAGAUGAUGAUAAAGGGUUGUCAGCUGAAGGAUGUUUCACAUGCAAGCAAAAAGGUUUUCGCCACAGACGUCAAUCCAAAGAAACGUACACUGCAGCCGAUUAUUCGUAUGAAGAAUCUCCAAAACCAUCAUCCAGGGAUCAUCAUAAGGACAAUGUAGAAGUCGAAGGAUCUGGUUUUGCUGAUGACAACCAGGAUGCUGUGUCCUUGGUGGAAGAUAUUCAUCCUUUGUUGAAGAGGAGUGCUGAGUUUAUUUCUAGAUCGGAACGGAUAAGGAAACGACAGACGAGUGCAGCUUCAUCGAACGAAGUCAAACGACACAGACAUCGUCGACAGAGCAAAGAAUUCAGGCUAACAGUCAAAUUAACACAAACUAAACACAGGAUGAGGAUCAUCAAACUGCAACCUGCUAUUAAGCAUGAUUUCGUCUAUCGGAUAACCCGCGGAAACGAAUCGAACAAAUUCGAGCUGGUCAAAAAGCACGGUGUGUGGUCUCUGCACUUCCGUCGCCGUCUCAAGAAACCAGGAACAUUCGACAUCGAAAUUCGAGCCGAACCAGCCAAUCCGUUGUCGACAGCCCUACAGACGACGACAUCCAGUUCGACGGAUUCGACAGAGGCGUUCGACAAACCUCUGACACUGAGGGUCAAAUUGGACGUUGUCGAAUAAUAGAAGGAGGAUUGGUUUGGAUUGGAUGGUGAAAUGAAAAUGAGAACAGUUUGUAGAUAGAUAGGAUAAGACGAGUAAGUGAUUUAAAAAUAUAAAUUGGGAGCUGUUGGAAAGUUUGUAGCUUAAGCGAAUUGGAAUGAAAGACAUCUAAUGAUUUUAAUGCUUUCGAUAUGAGAGUUUCUUUUGCCCGAGCAAGCAAAUGGCCUAAGUAUUUUUUACAAACAAAAUUUAAGAUUUUUCUAUAAUUGUUGAUAAAAUUGUACCUUAAAUUUAAAAAUAACAAUUUUAACAAUUUAAUCCAGAGUGAUAAAUUUUGAAUUCAAGUCCACACACUGGAUGUCGUUUAUAGGCGACACUCGUACACACAGGUCGUCUUUAUAUAUAGGGUCC